AAUGGAAUUAGAAGGCAAUACCAAAUUUAAUGAAUAUGAAGAGAAAAUUAGAAAUCAUCCUGCUUAGGGUAAUAACUAUCAUUAAGAUAAACUACAUAAGAAAAAAGAAUAAGAUGCUUAAUUUUUGAUUACACAAAACCCACUUCUAAUGAGAAAUCUCUUAAUUAUUAUAGACACUACCAAAUCAUCUAAAAUAAAUGAUUUUAAGCCAAGUCGUUUGUCAGUUGCUUUAUUACAUUUACCUGUAAUACAUAAUAAUAUAUAUAUAGGCAUUUAUUGAAUAAUUUUUAGAAUGCAAUCCUUUGUCUUAAAUAGGCAUUGCAGUAGCAGAAGAAUAUAAAUGUACAACCAUUUUGGAUUUUACUUCAUCUUGUUAAAACAUAAAAUAAUAUUUGUCAACAAUUCAUUCAAUAAAUGAAGCCGGUUUUUCAAUGGCAGCAUGUUUAUAAGUAUAGAAGAAACAAUCAAAUUUAGACUGCUUUACAUGUAUUUUCAGCUACAUAAUUACAUGCCUAAUCAAGUAUAUUAUUUGUGACUACAUCAACAUAUUCAGAUGAUAAACUUGAUUUAUUUGAAUGGACUGAUAAGUGUGAAUAAGCAGCUAUUCAAAUUAAUGUUAUAUCUUUUGCAGGGGCAAUACAUUAAUUAAUAAAAAUAACAUAAACAACUGAUGGAUAAUAUUUAUGUCCUUUAAAUGAAUAUCAAUUUAGCUAAGAAAUUUUGGUAAAUAAAUUGAUUAAUUUAUAAAUAAGAAAUUUGUUUCACCAUAAGAAUUGAAGAAUCAUAAAAUGAUUACUUAAUUAGUAAAAAUAGGAUUCCCAUAAAAAUUAAUAGUGAAUCAACCAACAUUAUGUCAAUGUCAUUUAGAAAUAGUGUAAUACAAUUUGAAAUUUCAAAUAGAUAUAAUUUUUAUAAAUGUCCUGUUUGUUAUAGUAAAGUUUGUUCUCCACCACUUCUAUGUCCAAUUUGUUCAACUUGGAUUGUACUCCCUCAUUAGAUUCUCAGAAGUGAUGGUUAUGAAACUUUAGGAGUUUUUGAAAUGUAAAAUGAUGGUUUAGAACAUAUUUGUUUUGGUUGUUAAGAAUAAACUACUGUUAUCCAUUCUAAUUGUAAGAGAUGCAAAAAAUUUUUCUGUUUGUAAUUUUCUUAUAUUAUUUUUAGAGAUUGUGAUAUUUUAAUUCAUUCUAAAUUUAAAGUGUGCCCAGGUUGUGCUUGAUUUUUUAG